AUGGCAUUUAUAACUGAAUUCGGUAACUAUUGCUAUAAAGUUAUGCCAUUUGGACUAAAGAAUGAAGGAGCAAUUUACCAGCGACUCAUGGAUAAGGUCUUCGCAAAACAAAUCGGCAGAAACAUCGAAGUAUAUGUCGAUGACAUGGUCGCCAAAACACAACUCAGGAAAGACCAUAUCGACGACUUAUCAGAGAUUUUCGAGCAGAUUCAACAUUACAACAUGCAUCUAAACCCAGAAAAAUGCGCUUUCGCAGUACAGGGAGAACUAACUACUCCUUCAGCAGACGAUCACACAACCCAAUGGAGCUUGUACGUCGAUGGCUCAUCUAACAACGAAGGUUGUGGCGCCGGAAUACGUCUCCAGUCCGACGACGGCUUUAUUCUCGAAUAUUCCUUGCACCUAACAUUCAAAGCUAGCAACAAUCAAUCCGAAUAUGAGGCCCUUGUAGCAGGACUCUGCCUCUGCUCAGACCUCCACAUUUCAACCCUAAAGACAAACGGGCUAGCAGAAGCAGCGAACAAGAUCAUACUACAUGCUUUAAAGAAAAAAUUAGAUGAUGCCAAAGGACUCUGGGCUGAACUAAUACCAGAAAUACUUUGGGGUUACAACACAACACCUCAGUCAUCAACAAGAGAGACUCCGUUUCGUCUAGUAUAUGGCUCUGAAUCUAUGAUACCCUUAGAAAUCUCACACAGCUCGGUCCGAACUCAAAUCGGCAAUCAGGACGAAGCCCGGCGAGCCGAGUUAGAUCUCAUCGAAGAAAUCAGAGAAACAUCCACACUGUGA